GAAUAAGUGUUAGUUUCACAUGAGGGCAAGUUUUUCACGGAUUUCAUAUAGAAAGAAAUUAACGCAGUGGAAAAUGCAGAGGCGAAUUGAUGACCCUCAGCGCCGCAUAAAUACGAAUGAGCAAUUCCCAAGGGUGAUUCCACCUGGAGGUCCAAGAUUUGGGGAAGUUGGUGAAGGCACCUUGCCAGCAAACAUGACUUUUCCAAUACCAGGAUAUCAAUUGAAUCAGCCAACAAGCCACCAUGGCCCAGUUCCAGCAUCUCUUUCUCACCCGGCUGUAGGACUGGGUGUCCCAGGGUCCACUGGGGCAACAUCUCAAGCUCUUCACACUCCAAUAGGUCCUGGACAUCAGCCUAACAUACCAACCAAUCCGGCUAUACCUGGACCAACAAUGGCUGGAGGUCAGCAGCAACAACAGCAACAGCAGCAGCAACAGCAACAGUUUCAGAGACUGAAAGUGGAGGAUGCUUUAUCUUAUCUGGAUCAGGUCAAGCUACAGUUUGGAAAUCAGCCUCAAGUUUACAAUGACUUCCUCGACAUCAUGAAAGAGUUCAAGUCCCAAACUAUCGACACUCCAGGAGUGAUCAACCGAGUGUCCAACUUGUUCAAGGGCCAUCCUGACCUCAUUGUUGGGUUCAACACUUUCCUGCCCCCAGGCUACAAAAUAGAGGUUCAGUGUGAGACCAUUAAUGUGCAUCAACCAGGAAAGCAAGUCAUGUCUAUUGCUGCACUCGCUCAGUCUCAGCAAAAACAAGGGAUGUCCAUUUGGGAUGUGGCUUUGGCUUCUCAAGCGUCCUCGCAACAACAAAAGGUAGGUCCAGUCCACCAAACUGGACUACCAGCUCCUGCUGCGUCUCCUGCUGACCAUCGGUCGUACCACCAGUCUCCUCGACCAGCGUCGGACACUGCAGCUGCUCCUGCCGGCCAGCCUAUCUCCCAGCAGCAACAGCAGCAGCAGCAGCAACAACAACAGCAGCAACAGCAACAACAACAACAGCAGCAGCAGCAGCAACAACAACAGCAGCAGCAGCAGCAACAACAGCAACAAAGUGGACAGCCUGUUGAGUUUAACCAUGCUAUCAACUAUGUCAACAAAAUCAAGAACCGAUUUCAGGGGCAGCCGGACAUUUACAAACAAUUUCUUGAAAUUCUUCAUACUUACCAAAAGGAACAACGCCUCACCAGAGAUAGUUCUCUGUUGUGCCCACAGGGUCUGUCUGUUGGCCCGAGCAAGCCACUAACAGAGAGCGAGGUGUACCAGCAAGUUGCCAACUUGUUCAAGCACCAGGAGGAUCUUUUGGCAGAGUUUGGACAGUUUCUGCCUGAUGCAAAUGGGGCCUCCCCAUAUGGCGUGGCUUCCUUUGCUGAUUCUGCUCUCGGAGUUCGCAAUGAUCACUCAUCAACAGUGAAGAAGCCUGGCUACUCUAGUGGGAAAACUCAGACAGGAAAGUCUAGCUCUGGAGUCAAACGGCCUUCUGGCUCCACAUCUUCAGCAUCUUCCUUUCCUCCACCUGUCAAGAAAAAGGGUGUCCCCAAGGAUUUCAGCUUGGCUGAUGCAAGCAAGACAGGCACUUUGACUGAAUAUGCUUUCUUUGACAAGGUGAGGAAAGCACUGAGGCAUCAGGAGGUGUAUGACAACUUUUUACGCACCAUUGUUCUGUUCAACCAAGAGAUUGUGACAAAGCAAGAGCUCGUGACUCUGGUGGGAUUCUUUUUGUCCAAAUUUCCUGGUUUGUUCCGAGAAUUCAAAGAUCUUCUGGGUGUAAAUGAACAGGGUGGUGGAGUGGAAGCUGUCCCUCAUGGAGCUGCAUCAAAAGAAAGAAUAGGUGGAGAACUCUCCAUGGAAAUUGAUUUUAACACAUGUAAGAAGUAUGGGGCAAGUUACAGAGGAAUACCCAGCAAGUAUGUUCCCCCAAAAUGCAGUGGACGUACAGCUUUAUGUCGUGAGGUGCUGAAUGACACAUGGGUUUCUUUCCCAACAUGGUCAGAGGACUCAUCCUUUGUCACAUCUCGCAAGACUCAGUAUGAGGAGAACAUUUACAAAUGCGAGGAUGAACGAUUUGAGCUGGACUAUGUCAUAGAGACAAACUUUUCUACUAUCAAGUCUCUGGAGGCAGUGUUGAAAAAGAUGAACAGAAUGGCACAGGAAGAAGCUAACAAGUUUCGUCUUGACAACUCAUUGGGAGGAACGUCUGACUGCAUCAACAGGAACUCCAUACACAGAAUCUAUGGAGACAAAGCUAAUGACAUUAUUGAAGGUCUGAAGAAAAAUCCAGUUGUGGCUGUUCCACUUGUUCUCAGAAGGUUGAAAGCAAAAGAUGAAGAAUGGCGUGAGGCCCAAAAACAGUUUAACAAGAUGUGGAAAGAACAGAAUGAGAAGUUCUAUCUCAAGUCUCUGGAUCAUCAGUGUGCUAACUUCAAGCAGCAUGAUAUCAAAGCCAUUCGUGGCAAGUCAUUGCUGAACCAAGUGGAGACCAUUUAUGAUGAGAGGACAGACAGUGAGGAGUGUCCCCCUCAAGGCCCAAUGUUGACCUUCACAUAUGAUGAUCGCUCUCUGAUUGAGGAUGCUGGAAAUCUGAUCAUUCACCAUGUAAAAAGACAGACAGGUGUUGACAAAGAAGCCAAGACACGGAUCAAGCAGUUGGUCAAGCAUUUUGUGCCGGACUUGUUCUUUGCACCAAGGGGAGACUUGAGUGAUGAUGAUGGUGACUUGAAUGAAGAUAUGGACAUGGAUGAUGAUGAGCCAUCAGCAAAUGGUCGUGUGUCAGAGACAAGCCGUCGGGCCAAGGAAAAGGUUGAGGACAAAAAAGUGAAUGGCAUCAAGUCUGAUCCAGAGGAGUCGAGCAAAGACGGACAGAAGGAGGAUGAUUUGGAGUCGGAUAAGAAAGGGGCCAUGGGUGGAGACAGUAAUGGAGGAGAAAAUGAUGAUGACCAUGAUCGCUAUACAUUGUUCUACUGUAACUCAACAUGGUACAUCUUUCUGCGGCUGCAUCAGAUAUUGUGUGCUCGUCUUUUGAAGGCAUUUACAUUGACUCAAAAACUCAUUCAAGAAGAAGCACUCACCAAAAAGGAGAGAAAGGAAUCUGUGGCUUUGGCACUUCGGCUGCGCUCACCUCUGGAUGUGGAGGUAGAAGAUUACUAUUCCUACUUCAUGGACAUGGUGCGAGCUGUGCUUGACGGCAACAUGGAGGCGAGUCAGUACGAAGACACCAUGAGAGAAAUGUAUGGCAUUGAGGCCUACCAGCUAUUCACAAUGGACAAAGUGGUACAGAACAUUGUGCGACAAGCUCAACAUUUGGUCAUGGAUGAUGUGCCCACAAGACUGGCUAAGCUUUUCGAGGAACACCGAGAGAAAGGUGGGGCUGGCGACCGCUGGGCCACUCGACAUGAGAGGGCCACUCUGGAGCAGGCUUACCUCAGACAGGCAGAGGGUGUCCUCAUCGAUGACAAUCCAUUCAAAUUUGUUGUCCAUAGUCAGACAGCACAGAUGGAGGUGGAUAUGCUGGAUCAACCACCGGAGUCGAAUGAGUCGGUCAAGGAGGUCAGCUCAUGGUCACACUAUGUCAACCAGUACUCAGUGGCAAAGAAGAAUGAAGAAUUUCUCCACAAGGUUGGCAACAACAAAGUCAUUUACUUACUGAGGAACAAAAAGCGGAAUGGCCAGUGGCUGAACUUUAAGUUGAUGAAUGAAAGGCCAGUAAAGGAAGAAAAAGAUGAAGAUGAGGAAGAUGAUGAAAUGGAUGAUGAUGAAAAAGAAGAUGCAGAGAAGAAUAUUGAUUUCAAACCAGCUACUAAUGGAGAUCAGGAACGGGAUUUGGAAGUUAAGAAUGAGCCUGAUGCAGAUGUUGAAAUGGCAGAACUGGACAAGACUGCUGCAGAGGCAGAGCCAGAAAAGUUAACGGAACCCAGCGGUGAACCCAGCUCUGACAAAAGUGCCACGUCAGAGGAGAAGUCCAUAUCUGGAGGAGGAGAAACUCCACGGGCCCCUGGGGACUUUGGAGAUGAGAACAUUGAUGAGGCCAACUCCCCAGGCAAUGCAGGUCGCACGCCAACUGGCGCAGAUGAUGAUGAAGACGAAUAUGACAAGAGGGAAGGGGCUGAGAGUGAUGGAGGACUGGGCGAUGAUGAGGAUGACGAAAAGACGGUGGAACCCGCCAACAAGAGGAAGAAAAACGAGAAAGUGUCUACGCCUCCAGAGAAUAUGCCACGCAGAAUUCAAAGCAUAGAUGACACAUGUGUGAAAUUUCAGCACAAUUCUUAUCAAUCAGUCAUCGUCAAAGGCUCAAACAUGUAUAUGUAUCAGGAAGGACGUUUGGCAAGAACAAAUGCUUGCCACAAGAAGGUGACCCAGAAGAAGUAUGCACAGAUGAGCAGCUGGAUAGAGGGUUGGCUGACACGGAACGUGACGGCGAGCCAGGCGGAGGAUUGCCGCCAGUGGCUGAUGGGCCGGGCUCCGGAAAGUCGCUCCAACAGCACCUUCUCCACGGAUCUUCAGCAGUUUGACAAGACUCCGUACCGGGUGUUCACUCGCUACUCAGUGGACUGGGUGGCUCCUGGCUCAGGCCGCACCUCGCCAGCUUCAGCCAAUUAAAAAGUUAAUUGGGUAGUGGUUUUGUGGCUACACCUUGCCAGGUUAUGAAAGCAAAGCAGUUAGGUUGUCAAUUAUAAGACUGACCCUCUGCUCCUGGGCAGGAACACAACAGAGAAGAAGAUAGUCCAGGAUGGUGUAGAGAAAAGGAUGAUGUAAGGGAUUGUGUUGUGUUUGUGUAGCUAGCAGCAAUACUUUUUAUUAGACCGGUUCUAUGGGAAAGAUGUUAGUAAAUGGUGAAAACGUUAUACAGCUGGAGGAUAAAGAAGAGAUCUGGAUAAGAGGGUGAUGAAUUUGAUGAAAUUGUCAUGAGCAAUGAGUACUUGAUAUAAUGCAGAUGGUAAAUAGCUUUGUAAUUUUUGCAGCUGCAGUAUGUCACUUUUGUAAUUAGGACUGAUGAUGGGGAGGAAGUUGCUCUUUUUGUAAAUAUGUACUUCUGUAGUAAUGAAAUACACGUUUCAACUGCAGUUUUCAUCCCUUCAGGAAUAACAAUUUUUAUCAAAUUUGGCAAUGUUUUGUUGCAGAAAAAUUUGACAAUGUUUUGUUGUGGGAAGGGAAAACAAAUAUUUUGAGCAAAUACUGUUCGUUGCUGUAAAGUAGCUCAUGGUCUGCUCUAAGUCGAGCCACAACAGAUUUGGCUUUUAAAGUUUCAACUGUUGUAUGAACUUGUAUCUGUCAGACUUUGCAAGAGUUUUCUGUAUAUGAAGUAGAGUGAAAUUAAAUGAAAAUAUUUAAUGUAAAUUUUCUUAAUAUGCAUGUAUUGAGGUUAGAGUUUUCAUUCCUUGGGUUAGGGAGAUAGGAUGGAAGUUAAAAAAAAAAAGCUAUCACUGUUGCAAGAAAAAUGAGUCAUUCCAGAUUAUUUUCCUUACCUGUAAAACAGGUUCAGAGGGAGUAAUGCAAUUUUCCUGCAACAGCGACCCCCCCUUUUUUUUGUGGCAGUCUUUGAAGGAUGUCACCGAUAUGUCCUACUUUUUUCUGAUCACUCUUUUUAGUUCUGUCUGUCUUCUUGCCUUCACACAGCAUAUUAAGACGUCAUUGUAUCGGUGUGCUUCUCUGUAAGUAACUCCAAGUUUUCUGACUACUUCGAUAAAUAAAAUCAUUGUUUUUUGUGUAAUCGUCAUUUAAAAUAAAGUAAUUUUCAUUGUUUACUUUUUCA